UGUCUAAUAUCCUUGCUAAGCGGCAAUUGAACAUCAACAGUGUAAUUUAAUUUGUAAUAUAAAUAGGUAAAUUAGUCGCUGGCUAUCGAAAACAGAACAGAAGAAUACUCCUAUAUUUUUAAUUUGAAAUUGAAAUUUAUAAAAUCUUGGUAUAAAAUUUAAAUACUGAAAGGAAAAUUUUUAAAUAUUUGUUAAAAAAUCCGUCAUGGCAGAAGGAAUACCGGAUGAUAUGUGGACCCCAUACAAGCACUUACAAAGUGUAAUAGAGAAUUCACUUCUAAGACCAAGCAAAAGUAAUCUACCUCAAAUUGAAGUUGUUUUGAGAAAGUCGAAACAAAAUUUUGCAAGUUUGUUAAAAAAUCCGCCUAAAAAUGAAGUAAGUCGUAAUGCUAUUAAAAAAGGUAUCACGGAAGGGAUUAAUGUACCCGGUACCGGAAAUGUAGUUCUAUCAAAAGAUCUUGUAGAUGAAAGUAUUAUUCUGUCUGAUAUGUAUAACUUGGAUGAAAACAACGCAUUAGAAUUACUAUGCACAGCACAACAACAAAUGAUACAUCAUCCUGGUUUGCCUAGAGGACUUGUGGCAAUUUUACUAUAUUAUGAUGGUCGGAAGGCUUUGGCUUGUUCUCUAAGAGAUUUAUUACAAGCAAGAGCUGGCGUUUCUUGGUGUACUGAAGCGCCAAAAGAAUUAGUACAUUUAAUAACUACCUACACAGACAGUUUAAUAAGUGAAUCGAACGUUCUUUGUCACAUUAUAGAUUUAUUAUCUGAAAUGGACAUAACAAGUGAGCUCGAAAUUUUAACAAAAAAUCGUGCUGUCGGGCCUCCUAAACACCAUCGUCAAGUAUUAGAUUUAUUUGAAGAAAUUCAAUUAGCGCUUGCAACAUCCCUUUUCAACUGGUCUGCUCAGUGCGGACUCCCAAAAAAUGUUACAGAAAAAUUAAUGAUUCACCUAUCAAAAUAUAAACCGACAGAAUCAAGAGGUGGAAUGGACAAUGUUACACUUACUUUGCUUAUGGCUUUGUUAUACGCAUUUGAUGCAAGUGUACUACAAAGGCAUGAAGAUAUAGAAAGAUCAGUUCAAAUUUUACCAAUAAUUUCUGAGAAAGACUAUGCACAAAGUAUAUAUAAUAUUUUAAAAGAUUCUAAUUGGGAAUGGGAUAAUAAAUUGAAGUCAAUAGUCAAUUUCGCUUUUGGACUUUCAAUGGCUACAUUGCGCCAUGCACCACAAAAUUUAAAAUUUAAUUCAGAAAAAAUUAUAGAAAAUGACGAGGAUAUUGUGGAUGAAGCAAUCCAAUGCAAAGUUUUUGAUUUUAUACAUUAUUAUUUACUGGAAAAUGAGCUAAUUUAUAAGACUGAAUUUUUUUAUCGUCGCAUUCACACCAUUUUUACCGAUUUUAUUGAUUACAUGCAUUCUAAGGUAACAGAGCUUAGAGGGAGAGCUGAUGAAACUGCUCGCACAGUUCAAUCGUUUGCUCAGCAAGGUUUAGACUCUCCACCUAAUUUAGAUAGAAAUUUUGAAUCGUUAAUGCUGGCAGUUGGCAAACUUUAUAUAAGAGAUGAUCUUAAAUUAAACUUAUGCGUUGAAUACUGGGGUCCUAUGGAAUUACAAACAAAUUAUGCCAAAUCUACACCACGUUCUGUUUCGUUGUUCAAAUUUAUUCGCUUAGCUGGGGAUCUUUUACCACCAAUUUUAUUUGUUCCGUACAUGAAAAUGUUGGCUGGUUUAUCUAGUAGUGAACACGCAGCACGAUGUGCCUUUAACUUGCUAAAACAAGGUUCGGGACUUACUAAUAGCACUACCAUAUCAUGGGAUCAUUUUUUUGGAUCGUUGUGCAGAUACUACGCAAAUUUAAGACAAGAACAAGCGCCUGGUACUGACACAAUUUAUCGAAAUCGUGCACUAAAUCGUACCAUAAAUCCUCAAGAAAUUGAAGGUUUACAUUCCGUAUUAGAAAUAAUACGAGUUGUCGCUAACUAUGAUGAAAUAGCUCGAAUAUCUUUAUGUGAACAUCCAAAUUGGGCACCACUACAUGUUUUAAUCGGACUUUUGAGUUGUUCAGUUCCUAUAAGCUUAAAAGCGGAUAUUAUGCUAACAUUGUCGACUUUAGGGAAAUCAAAGGAUACUGCAACUCAACUCUGGAACAACUUGGAAGCUUCUCAAAUUAUAAGAACAAUUCCAACCACAAGUAUUUAUUGUAGUGGUGGAUUGGAAGCUGAAAUAGAGCAAAAUGAAAGUAGAAAUGAAAUUUAUCCUCUCACACGCGCAACUUUAGAUUUGUUUUAUACAUUGGUUACAGUGGGGGUUCCGAGAAACUUAGGUGUUAGUCCUAGAAAACCUGGACUGGAUCCUUAUUUAACAUUCAUUGUUGACGUUAUAUUCUUGAAAUUUUAUAACAGGAAUUAUAAAAACGUUGCCGAGAAAUGGAAUGUUGGAGAAAAAUGUUUAAAAGUUUUAUAUCAUUUUAUUAAAACAUAUCGUGUUAAUCCGAUAGAUUUUAUUGAAAAAAAAGAAGAAAAUUCUGCACCUGGUUACCAUUUAAUGCUCCAAUUACAUACAAAAUCUGAUCUCUUGCGUUUGAUGUUGCAUGUUAUUGAUGAAGCUCGAAACAGCUUAGACUUAUACACUCCUUUUGCCGGAAAAAAAGAUUUGGAAUCAGCUGCUCUAUAUUGUCUAAACAUAUUGGAGAAAACUCUUUCUGUUCAAGAACAGUUUUUCGAAGCGCAUUCAAUCUCUAAUAGUUCAAUUUUGUUGUCUGGAUUAAAUAAACUGAUUUUAGAUGUAAAUCCAAGAAGUGGAAAACCCGAUCACAUUCUUAAUACUACUAAAUUUGUAACAUAUAAUAAUUGGCUGCCAGAACAUGCUCUUGUUGCAGUAAAACUUUUAAAUAUUGUUGCAAAACAGCCUAAUGUAAAUCCUCAAAUUUUGGGAAUGCUUGCCCAAUCCGAAAGAAUUCAAACAGAAAUAUGCCAUGGUUUUGUAGAAUGCUUUGAAAGUGAUAUCAUAAUUGAAGAUGAAAAUGAUCAAUCUUUAGAAAAAAUGAUUGGUGAUAUACAAUUGGGAAUUAAAGAAGCUAUUAUUGAAUUAAUACAAGAUUGCUUGCCGCAACCCGCUCCAAAUAUAGCAUUAUUUUUGUUAGGAUUUGAUGUUAACAAGGAUUUUCGAAGUAGUCACAUACAAAAAACUAGUGGCAUUUUAAGUUCGUCAAAUUCUUGUACAAGAUCAUUAGUUUCAAUGCUAGACAAAAACUUGGAGCUUAUAAAAUCUGGAGUGGUUGUCAGUUCAAGCGAAGAAAAAAUAAUGGAGAAGGCAUACGGUCUCCUUUACACUCUAUGUUCAAAUCAAAUUACUUUUAACACAAUUUUACGUUACUUAAGAUCAUGCAAUGACUUUUUAUGUAGGCAUAUUGCGGCAUUACCAUUCCAGAACUAUACAAGUUCAAUGGUGUUGAAUCAAAUGAGUUUUCUUUUAAAAUGCAUUGCUAUAGAAUUAAAAAUUACAGCAGACAAUAAUCAAGUUAGCCAAUUUUCCAAUUUGUGUAAAAUUUUAUUGGGCAUUGUACAAAAUAACAUUCAGGAAAAUAUACCAUUUGAAUUAAGUCAUUAUUUAUCAAAUACUUUUACCGAUACAAUAAGUGAUUCUUUAAUUGUUAACAAACGAAAUCCAUCGGACCAACAAGCACCUAGAAUAUUGAUUUGCCAUUUAUUGAAUUGUUUAGAAUUCCAAAUGAAAACUUUACCACAACCAGAUUGGCAUUAUUUUGAUAAUACAUUGACAAUGUCCCUCUUAAGUGAUUGCGAAGUUAAAAAUAAAGACAUUAUUGGUCCAAAAUUGAUUGACAUAAAAAAAUUACACGAAAUUCUUACAGACGAAUUAAAUACAGUACAAAGUUCCAUAGUAGCUGGACAACGACAAUUAAUAAUGGAAGAAAUACAGUCGUUCUUAAAAUAUGCUGUUAAAGUUAACGAACAGAAAAAAAGUUGUGUGGCCACAAUAAAAUUUGUUGCUGCUUGGGGUCAAGUAACUGAGAUACUAUUUAGUGUAUCUCCCAAUUUUGCUUUGCCUUUGGAAACAAAGCAAGAAUUAAUAUUAGAAAUACUACAAUGUUUAUUAAGCAAGGUGGUUCCAGUGGAGGUGAUGAUGGAAUUAGCUAAUAUAACAUCAGCUACAGUUUUAAUUUUAAUGGUGAAUUUAAAAAAUUGUUACAAUAAUAAAUUUUGUAACGCUAAUGAAAGCUCAGACAAAUUUCAUAAUAUUUCGCUACGUCCAAAUACACAUGUAAAAACGUUUGGUACAUCACCAAAAUCCAAUACUUUGAGCUUGAAAUUCAUUUUACAGAACAUAUUAGAAUGGAUUAUUCUGAGCGGUGUUGGCUCUCAAAAGUUAAGGAUUAACUUAUACGCUUCACUUUUGAAUUUUAUGAACAUUGUUAAAGGAAAUGUACCCGACAAAGAGUCUUCGGUUGACAACGAAUUCUAUGUUUCCAGACUAGACUCAUCAAUGACAUAUCAUAGUGAAAAUAAGGAAUCAAAUCAGAUACACAUGGUAAUUGAAGUGUUUUCCAGUUUCGGAGAAAAAUUAAUUGACAUAUUGUGCCAUGAUUGCAUUGGUGGAUUGGACAUUUGCAAAAUGUUGGCAUUAUCAUGUAUUGAUUCUUUACUUGAUAUGGAUUCCUUCACCAAUUUUGUAAAUUUCAUUGCUAAAAGAGGAUAUCUUACACAUUUAAUUGAUAGCUUAGCAAAAGGUGAUGAUAGUUUGUGUCGUGUUUUAAAAAGUAUUCCAGAUGAUAUGAAAGCGUUGUAUGUUUAUGAAUCAAAAAUGGCUACGUUAUGUAGAAUUGGUAGCUCGCAUAUCGGUGCUGAAUUAUUAUUAGAGAAUCGCGCUCUGGGAACUCUAUCUAAUAUGAAAGUAUUUGAUUUACAUCCAGAUUUUCAAGUCAAUUCAUUACGUAGACCCGAUACCCUGGAUAGAAGUUUAUUUGUUCCGUCUGUAGAAACCCGAUAUCAACAGAUUUUAUUUCCAGCAUUAAAUCUUUGUGAUUGCAUCAUUUCGACUUUGGGGCCAGAAAAUCAUUCUGCAGUUUCACAAGUAAUACAUUUCCUUUUGUCUCAUGGUGAAACUAUUGAAAUCGUUUUAAGAACUGGAAAUCCAUGUUCGGGUUUAGAGUUAUUGAAAGAGCUUUCUGGUAUUACUGGUUUAAUAGCUAGAUCGGCAAAUCAGGAUAUAUGUUCAUUGCAACAAUCACUUGAUCAAGAUAUUAGUGCUCAACUCUAUCGAUUACAGAGAUUAAUAUUAUCACUUUAUCCAAGAUUUAUGUUAAGCGAAACAAUACUCAAAGAAAUGAUAAAAGUUAAUAAUAACUUUUUUGAGGAAAAUGAAAAAGCUGUUGUAGAAAGGAAUAAAGCAUUGCACAUAAAAUAUUUUCUUGAAAUAGCUUGUAAUUUGAGUAUGUACUGCCGAAAUACCAUAGCAAAUCAUUCUGCUGACCACAGAACAACUGCCAUUCUUUUUUCUCCAAGUAUAACAGAAUCAACUGUAAAUAGAAAUGAUUAUCGAGGAAAUACUUUGGAAAUAACACCAAGUUUAGGUAUAGUGGUUAAUCAACUAAAAUAUUCUGUUGAAUAUUAUAAUAGAGAAAAAUUGAUUUAUGAUAAAUUAGUACGUCAAAAAGCUGGGUUACCUUCAAUCACCUUGGAUUUAUCUGUUCAAGCACAGAGUAAUGAAUUGGCUGAAAGGAUAAAUGAAAAGCAAAGUGAAUUAAACUAUUGUACUUUUAUAACUGAACAAUGCCUGUAUUUGCUUUGGGCUCAUUUGGAUUUUUAUAUGAAGAGAUCAAUACCAAUUAACAAAUUGCAAUUUAAUGCAAGAUCUUUAACUUCUAAUGAAGACACUUUUAUAUCGUCACCAUCAGAAGCUGGAUGGAAAAUUUCAGUAGAAGAUAUUAGUUUAUUAAAGAAAAAUUUGAUAUCAGUCCUUAAUGAAACAUUCUGCAAGCAAUUAAUUGCAACAACACAAUCUCAAAAUUCUUCUGAUAAAGGAUUCACAGAGGGACUUUUACGGCGCAUAAAAAGUCUUGUACAAUUUGUAUCAGUGAACUAAAUGUUAUGAUUUCAGUUUAAUUAAAAUUAAGAUGAAUGUUUAUUGUACUUUCAUAUACAUUUGUGGAAUUUUUUCAAAACCAUACCUUUAUUAAAAUUUAAACAAGAA